AUGUUGUUUUUCAAUUUCUAUCUCCUCUCUCUCUCGCUCGCUCGUUCGUCGUGUGGAAGACACGCAUACACAAGCUCUCGAACUCAUUCCGAAUAAAACGCACAAAAUCGAAUGGAUGCUAACAAAGCGGCAGAAACGGCAGCCAAAGAUAAUGCCGCCGAUAAGGUAAUCGAGUCGAAGGCAGUGGAGAAUGCAGCGGCGGCCACCGAGGACCGCGAUGAGCAGUCCAAAGGAGCCGAACAGGAGUCCGAUGCAACGACACCCGCUCCCGAGGACGACGCGGCCUCCGCCACCACCGCUGAUGACGUCGCUGAUAAAAAGCCCAAAGGAGACACAGCGGCAGCCCCCACCCCCGACUCGGAUGCAGGCGCAUCGGACAAAAAGGAGGCAUCGCCUGCUCCAGCGAAGAAAGUGAGCAUUAACAGCAGCAAAGAUGCAAAGAAGGAGGAUGCAAAAAAGGAUGAUGAGGAUGGAAACGACGACGAUGCCGAUGGACAAGAGAAUGACGAGGACGAGGACGAGGAGAAGGCUAGCGAUGAGGAGAGCGACAGGACCACCAAACCUGCGGCGGAUGAAAAGCACAAAAGAAGCGACGCCACGGAUGGGGCCAAGGGCAAGGCAGCUGCGGGAACUGACAAAUCUGCCCCAGCCAAGAAGACAUUGUCCAAGCCAAAAAAUGGUAAGGUGGAGAAGUCAGAGGACGAAGACGAGGAACCCGAAGAUGGUGACGAGGACGACGGACUGGAUGAGAACAAUGAGGUGGCCGAGGACGAUGAGAAUGUCGUGGCUUUGGCAGAGAUUGAUCGCAUCAAUGAGAACAUCAACAAGACUCGUGUUGACGGCCUACAGACCCUGCAUGCGCUCUGCUUUGGGGCGCAAGGCAAGAACAAUGUUGUGAAGAAGAAUCUGCGCUCCUUUGCUGGUUUCGAGUUCGCCAAGGACUCGGCGGAAUACAACAAGAAACUCGAUGCCAUCAAGAAGGUGGACAACAAAGGGCUGCGCAGCAUUUGCGAGAUUCUCACAUUGGAUCGCAAAGGCAGCAAGAAUGAGAUUGUUAUGCGAGUGCUCAAAUUUCUGAUGGAGCCGGAUGAAUCGCUGUGCUUAGAGCAGGGCGACGAAGACGAGGAGGAGCCAGACGAGGACGAUCUGGACGAAGAAGAGGAGGAGGUCAGCGAGGAUGACAAGAAACGUAAGAGCAGCAAGUCGGGUGCUUCCGGCGGCAGAGGCUCGGCCCGUAAUUCUAGCGGACGUCCCCGGCGAUCAACGGCAGGCAAAAAAAUGUCUGCGUACGUUGACUUUUCUAGCUCCGAGGAGAGCGAGCACAAAGUGACGGUGGCCAAACGGAGACGCAACGAUGACUCCGAGUCUGGCUCAGACUACAAUCCCUCGGCCAACUCAGAGUCGGAUGGCGGUCGUGGAGGCGGCGGUGGUGGUGGUGCUGGUGCCGGCAAGGCUGGUCGCAACGUGUCUGUUCGCGGCAGCCGUGGUCGUCCUGCGCGCAAAAGUCGGCGAAGAAACUCGGACUCUGAGGAAGAAGAGGAAUCUGAAAUAUCCGAUGCUGACAGCGAUGUGCCGAAGCGCAAGCGCGGAGCUGUUACUGGCAAACGUGGGCGACCGGCAGUAGCUGCCGUGGCUGGGCGACGGGGACGUGGACGGGGAGCAGCAGCGCGAAAACGCAAAGAUUCCGACAGCGAGGAGGAUGACAUUUCCGAAGAUGAGGAGGAGGAGGAACUGUCGGAGUUUGGCAGCGAUCAAAGUGAGGAUGUACGCCCCAAGAAGAGUAGGAAGCCCACAACGCCUGCGAGAAAUAGCAAAGCUAACAAUAAGUCAAAACCAGCUGGAAAGGCCGAUGGUCGACCAAAAAAAUCAAAGAAAGAAUCAUCCGAGGAAGAGGAAGAUGAUAUCGAUGACAAAGAUGAGUCCGACGAGGACGAGCCACUAACCAAAAAGGGCAAAAUGGCAUUCCCAACGGAUGAGCAAAUACGCGGCUAUGUCAAAGAAAUUUUGGAUAAAGCAAAUUUGGAGGAGAUUACCAUGAAAACAGUUUGCAAGCAAGUCUAUGCGAAAUAUCCAGAAUUUGAUCUAACAGACAAGAAAGACUUUAUUAAGGCCACAGUAAAAGCGUUAAUUGCGACAUAAAACGAAGACGGGAGGCAUCUUCAAGCCGGAGGAAGGGCCAGGUCCUGUAAACAAGCAAAGCAAAAUAAAGCAAACAGCGGCAGAAAAGUAACCUUUGCCACCCUUUGAAAGCUGUUUCAACACCAUCCAACGUUCGGCGUAGUUCAAGAAAAAGUAACUCUAGUUCUCCUAUAAGUAUAUGAUGAUGAUUUGUGCUCGUACAGCUAUCUGAAGUUAAUCUUAAACUCAACGACAGAGGCAUUCGCAUGAUAUCGCCGUCUGUACACUCUUAUAUAUAUUCAUGUGUAUAUAUAAACUUCUUAUUUGUCCCAGAAGGAGACGCCCCCACGCAUUAAAUUUCCUUUCUAAAAAUGGCUAAAUGUGCUCUUGACAGCUCUGCAAAAUGUGUGUAAAUUAUGCAAAAAAGGAUAAAUUUGUAAAAACAAAAACAAAAUCAGUUAAAAAACGUACUAAAAAUUAGCUAUUUUGAUUGACAUUCAAAACAAAAAAAAAUAUGUAUUUUAAAAUAAGGCAAGAUAAUUUAAAAAGAAGAAAGUAAAGCGAACGAAAAAUUAAAAAUAAAUAACCAAAAUUCACACACUGGCAGCAGUACAAAAAAGUAAUAAUGAAUGAAGGAAUUAAGCCACACUGAAACGUAAAUGGAAGAAGACUUACAAUUUUAAUUAUUGCAACACUUUUUGGCAAUGUAAAAACAAAUUAAACUUUGGGCGAGUAACUUUAGUUUUAAGAUGCAAAAGCACACACAGAAGGCAGAGUAGUGAGUGAAUUGAAUGAUAAUUAAUUGACGAUGCCAGCGGAGGUUUCCGUCACUCGUUUGGGCACAUGACCAGUAUCCCAUCCCCACAUCCCACGAACUCCCAAAAUCCUAUUCAGACCCAAGUGUUUCGCCCCUAGUAGUUGAGGAGGAUGGAAAGACAGGAAGGAGGAGAUACAUAGGUUUCUCGACAACAAAACGCAACUGGGAACACGCUCAUCAAAUAAAUGAAUGAAAGAGUUAAAUAUUAUAAAUAUUUAUAAAUGUGAACAUGGCGGAAAUAGAUGUAUGUUAAUUUUAAAAACUAAAAGGCAAGUACACAACACAAAUGGAUAUCAAGCAGAAACAUUUAAUUAUUGUCGGGAGAAAACUUAAAGAACAAAUUCAAAAUAUAUAUACAUAAAUAUAUCUAAAAACGUCAGCAUCUCAAUGUAAGUUUUCUUCUAGUAAACUCGUAAAUAAAAUAGCAGAACUAAAAUCCAAAAUAAACAC